AUGGAUGGGUAUUUACGGGAAAUUAAGGUGAUUGUUGAUUCCCUUGCUGCUAUUCAGUGUCCUAUGUCGAACCAGGAUUUAGUGCAGUAUACCCUUUUUGAUUUAGAUCGUGAUUCUGAGUAUGUCUCGGGUUUUGGCCGAGUACUCUUUCUUGCUAGUUCCGAGCUGAUCUUGAAACUUUGCAGGAUCCGUCGAAGCCCAAGGCUUCGAAGAAAAAGGAAGGAGCGGGAUCCGCAUAAGGUGGCCAAGACCGAGAAGGCGCUGGCCAAGGCUCAGGACGAAAAGGCUAAAAAAGCCAAGUCUGUUGAAGUUAAUAGUCCCCGACCAAAGGACCGGGCGGAGAAAUCCGAGGGGACUCACAUUUCUGUCCACUCGGAGGAUUUCCGACUGGUUCAGAGUCCUCAGUACACGCCGGCCGCUCGCGGCCCCCAUGACGACCCGGAGGAGCUUAGCCUUGCCCUGGCUAGGCCUUUUGGCGAACUGGAUGCCCACGGGCUCGACACUCGCUGGACCAACGCUGUUGAGUGCCUGUACAGCGCUCCCGAUCGGGAGUACAUCGCUCAGACCAGUGGUCCGGAGGAGACCAAUGACUUGUUUCGCAGUUGGGCUGAGUUCUCCGCUCGGCUGGUCAAUGUGGCCAGGAACAAGGUCCAUUUGGCCGAGAAGGUUUCUGACUUGGAAGCCAAGGGCAAGAAACACUUCACUGCGCUCCACGCCGCCGAGCAGGCUCAGAGGGUAGCCGAGGCGGAUCUCGCCCACGCCAAGCGAUGCAUUGCUCGGGAUCAGGAUGAUUUCAAGGUCGAGCGGGCGCAAUGGGCCGAGGCCAAGCAGAAACUCAUCAAGGAAAAGGAUGAGGCUGUGAUCGCCAAGGUUGCUGCCGAGGCCCAGGUAGCGGAAGCGCAGACCAAGAUCACUGAUCUGCAAUUCAAGUUGGCCGAGCUGGAAAAGGCCUCGAAAUCCGAAGAUGAGUGGUUCGCUGGCUGGAAGGAGACCAAAGCCUGCGAAUUAUUUGUCAACGAGGUCGGAUCUACCGCCCAGCAAAUGGGGGUAGAUGGCGCCCUCAAGAGGAUGAAAGCGGCCCUGGAGAGAUCGCAUCCUUCUCUUCCUUGGUCCGAGGUCAUGGGGAGCUACGAAGCUCUUCUGAAGGAGGAGGAUCAGGCCAUCCUAUCUGAACUGCAUAUUGGCCUCUCGGAUGAUGACGAUGAUGGUGAUGAUGAAAAGGAUGCUGAGGAAGAGGCGGUGGCUGAUGAGGGACAAGACCAAGGGGUGGCCAGGUCCGAGGAGCAUCAUGGAAGCACCAAUGAUCCGACCGACGCCCCUGCAGCUUAGGCUUUGUUUUGACUUGUAUUUUGUUUUUCUUUUUGCUCUUAGCCUUGGUAGUACCAAGGUUUUAGGAUGUAAUAUUUUUCUAACUUUAAUGAAAAGUCUUCUUUAUUUUA